UGUAAUCACAUAUUUAUACAACUACGAGCGCUAGUGAUGCACGGCAUCAGCUGUUUCGUCUAGUCGUUUCACCGGUCAUCAUUAAGCACUAUAUGGUAUGGGUCGUUGUUCAACCUGUAUAUCUUUAAUCGUGAUCGUGGUUUUUGUUCAUAUCUUUUUAGUUUUUAUGUUUAUCACGUUUUCUGUAAUCACCGUAGACCUGAUACGUCGUGUCUACAAGUCAUAAAAUACUGGUCUUGUCUUUCGCUAUUUUAGCGGGAACGCUGGGUACGUAGAAACUAGAAUUUUUCAUCGCUCCAUUUGUCAUGCCCGGAAAACCCGAAGAUUCAGACGAACACGAAAACGAUAAUACUGUUCAACCACUACAACCCACUCUGACAGAUCGCCUGAAUAAAUAUCUAUUGUGUGCCUAUUUGAACCGUCUAAACGAAGAGGACAGUCACAGCGGAGGUCAACAAUUUGCUCUCGAAGACGACUCGGUCGACGCUGACACCGAAGAAACGUUUUUUGAUUGACUGAUUUGACUGACGCCAUUGACGUUUUACUGAUCAGCGAUGGACGAUUUUGACGACAACGAUUUCGACAAUUUGGUCGAAGGCCGUCUCGACGAAGAUGUCGACGAUAAAUAUUUGGAGCCACAGGACCGCGACGACGAACAAGAACAAAAUGAGGAAAAAAGGAUUGUUCCAGUGAAGAUACGUGUGAGGAAUCCACAACCCAAAUUGAAUGCCGAAAGGUUACGAGGUCCUCGUGGGUUAUCUGUACUUCCAACAUGGUUCGAUACCAUUGAGUUGAAAGGCAAAGGUCAUGAAUCAGAAGAUCUCAAUGCUGUCAUAAACCGUCUAGAACAAUGGACUCAUAGAUUAUUUCCUCGGUAUACAUUUGAUGAUUCUAUUGAUAAGUUAGAGAACUUAGGCAAAAAAAAUGAAGUUAAAGUGUUGUUGAAACGAAUAAGGAUGGAUUUAGAUAGUAAUGAUUAUGUAUCACAAGUUGAGGAUGAAGAGGUUGAACCAUCACCCCCUCAGAUUGAUGCAUUUGAUAGGAUUGCUAACACUGUAGAUAUAUUCCCUGUGACGUCUACUCCAAGUGUCAGUAGCACUGGAUUAACUGAAGAACAAAGACAAAGGAUGAUGCGUAACCGAAUGUUGGCUGAGGAAAGACGACAAGCCAAAAUUAGAGCUCGUCAAGAACAAGAUGUAAAAGCCACCUUAAAUACUGAUUCUGUAUCUAUUGGUUAAAUCUAUUAUUAUCUAUUUUUUUAUCUAUUGAUGUUAUUAAUAAUUUACAAUUGUAUAAACACAUUUAUGUCUAUCAAUCUAAGAAAAGUUUAUUUUCAUAUAAAAUUAAUUAUUAAGAAAUUGUAAUUUUAAAUAUUCAGUCUUGUGAAAAUAUAUUCUUUAAUUGUAAUCAUUAAUAUUUAAAAUUAUUAAUUAAGAUUCAAAUCAAUGAUAAAAUUUAUAUUAUUAAAUGGAAUACAUUAUUAUAUUAA